GAAUUCCACCCACGAAUGAUUUCAAAGUUGGUAUGAAACUGGAAGCCCACGAUCCUCGCAAUGUUACCUCGGUUUGUAUAGCUACAGUAAUUGGAAUCACUGGUGCCAGGCUAAGGUUGCGGCUGGAUGGAAGUGACAACAAAAAUGAUUUUUGGAGGCUUGUGGAUUCCUCAGAUAUACAGCCCAUCGGGACCUGCGAAAAGAAAGGGGGCAUGCUCCAGCCUCCACUUGGGUUCCAGAUGAAUGCGUCGUCUUGGCCAAUGUUUCUUUUAAGAACUCUCAAUGGAGCUGAAAUGGCACCCACAGCAUUCUUUAAGAAGGAACCACCAAAACCUGUGCCAAACUGCUUUAAAGUUGGGAUGAAACUUGAAGCUAUAGAUAGAAAGAACCCAUACUUGAUUUGCCCAGCGACCAUUGGAGAUGUUAAAGGAGAUGAAGUUUUUGUUACAUUUGAUGGCUGGAGAGGAGCAUUUGACUAUUGGUGCAGAUGUGAUUCUCGAGAUAUUUUCCCAGUCGGAUGGUGUAGCUUGACAGGAGAUGCAUUACAACCACCAGGGAACAAUGUUUCCAUUACAAAGAGCAGUGCAAAAAUCCAAUCUUCCCCUUCCAAAGUGACCCGGCGUUCAAUGCAGUCUCCACAGAAAUCUGCUCCAGUACCAGCGCAACGGGGCAGGAAACCAGGUCGGGGCAAACCCCCUGGACAGUCUGCAGUUCCCAAGAAGGGCAGGUCUCCUAAAAAUAUUCCCCUGACAAAAAGCACCUCUCAUACUGAAAAUCUUAAAACAAGGAAAAAAAGUUUAAAACCUGGAAAAAAGAAAAAAAUCUUGCCGGAACAAGUGACUCCUGCAUCUUCUUCUCCUCAUUCUUCUCCUGAGGGGGACAGUGUCACUACGCAGACACUUAAAGAUGGAAUUAGUUUGUCUGGUGCAACUGCAGCAGUUAUAUCCACAGUGUGUGUUUAUGUCAACAAGCAUGGGAAUUCUGGGCCUCACCUGGAUAAGAAGAAGGUUCGGCAGCUUCCGGAUCACUUUGGACCAGGUCCUGUCAAUGUGGUGCUUCAGCAGGCUGUACAGGCUUGUGUGGAUUGUGCCUAUCAAUCCAAAACAGUCUUUGGAUUUCUGAAAUCUGGCCAUCACGGAGGCGAAAUGAUAACUGCUUCCUUUGAUGGGGAAAAGCACGCCAUCAAUCUUCCUUCUGUAAACAGCGCAUCAUUUGUCCUACGCUUCUUGGAGAAACUCUGCCACAGCCUGCAGUGUGAUAAUCUCUUUAGUAGCCAGCCUUUCAGCCCUUACAUGGGAUGUGCACAUAGUCCUACAGAGUAUGAUAGGAACAAACCAGCAAAAGAAGAAAUACCUGAAAACAGGAGUGCUAAACGAUACUCUCAGGACUCUCCACCGUAUACUGCUCCUCUUUCCCCUAAGCUUCCCAGAAAUGAUGCUCAUCCAUCUGAAGCAGAAACAUUACCUAUAGAAGAAAACAGCACUUCCAAAGAACACCGAUUUUCUGAGGACUCUAUGGAUUCUGCACUUAGUUCUGUAAAUCCUUCAAGCCCGACCCGUCGAAAUUCCACAGAAUAUCGUACUUCAGGGAGUGCAGCAUAUUACAGAAAUACCCUUCAGCCAGUGACUGCUACCUCAAAUUCAGCCCCAGUCCUGCGCAGGCUGUCCUUGAGCUCUGCUGGGAGCAGCGGUUACUAUGAAGUUAGCAGGAAUCGAAUACAGAGGCGGAUUGAAGCUGCAAGUUCCACAACUGGACCAGAUCUGAAUUCACUAAAAAGGGAACCUUCAAGAAUAUUGAAUAAGGAUCCUUCCACCUGGUCAAUAGAGGAAGUAAUGCGUUUUGUGAAAGAAGCUGAUCCACAGGCACUAGCUCCACAUGCAGAACUCUUUAGGAGACAUGAGAUUGAUGGGAAGGCACUACUCUUACUGAGGAGUGAUAUGAUAAUGAAAUAUAUGGGACUGAAGCUGGGGCCUGCCCUAAAGUUGUGCUACCACAUUGAAAGACUUAAACAAGGAAAGUACUAGCCAGUGGGGAUACCACAAAUAUGUGUGUUUAUAUCACACUAAGCUCUCAGGUUCACAGCCAUUGCCUUUAUUUGAAACUAUUUUGCUGAUAUAAAUCAUCUUUAUUUUUUUGAAAGUGCUCUCAAAAUGUAAAGAAGACAUUCAGGAUAAAGAAGGGG